AUGGCAGCAUACAUCCACGUUGCUGUCGGCAACUCCGGAGAUGAUGAAUCACGCGUCCUGUCUGCCAGCCGCAGCUUCAUGGGCCUCAAUAUCAGCGCCGCCCAGGAGGACAUUGCAGGGUGUAGAGAACCCGAACGCCUAGGUACACACUAA